AUGAUUGCCCUACAAGGGCUUCACCACGAAGACUAUGCCGAUAUAACACUAGCCGACUUCCGACAUCUAAUGGACUACUUGAUAAGCUACCGAAACACGAAUGUUAGGGAAAGCGUCCUGGAUCUGCUACCACAUGCCCCAACAACUGUCCGCGGCGUGAAGAUUUGUUGUGACGGCGAAAUAAAUUUUCAUGGAUCAGAGCCCUUAGUUUCCGUUGAUGUCACCCGAGCAAACCGGAUCUCCUUAGGCAGCGGAUCCAUCUCACCGAUAUCUGUCUGUCUCGGAAUGCCUGUACGGUUCUGGAAGGACCCAGGCACCGAGUUCCCAUAUGGCCCGGCAGGAUGGGAGGGGGGCAUGACGGAUAAAAGCAAUCCUAAUGUUGCAUUCUUGAUGAUGGAAACUGAUUGUUCCAAAGAUGAGUGGGGCUGGGCGCCUAUGUACUGGAAUAGAAGGAUAGGAAAUGUCUGGGCUGUUCGGGAAGACAGGCGGGAUCUGGAUGUGAACGAUAUCGCAAUGAUGUGCCAUUUUGCGAGGCGCAAGCUACAGCCUAUGUUUGAAGACGUGAUAGAAUCGGGCUCGAGCUCAGUGAGUAGGCGGACGGUUUUGGAAUUCAUUACUUGGGACAAUAUGGUUACUUAUUGGGAUGAGACUGGCCUGCAUUAG